AUGUCCUUCAAACGCCUGGAAGGUGAUUUCUACGGGCUUCAAAAGCAGAUAUGGCGAUUCAUAAGAUCGCACAGAAAGGAGGUCAAUGAACUGUAUAAAACGACAAACACAGAAGAAAUAACUAUUAACGAAGAUGCCACAAUCAAUACAUCCGACGUAGAAAACGCACUACAGAACCUAAGAAGUAGAAAAAACGCCGGGCAGGACGAUAUACAAAAUGAAUUGCUCAAAUACGGUGGGCAAAGACUAACAGAAGAAUUAACAACUUUAAUACAGAAAAUUAUAUAUCAACACAAAAUCCCAGAUGAAUGGUCCAAAAAAGGGGACAAGAGAAUACCAUCAAAUUAUAGAGGAAUACCCCUUUUAAGCGCUGCUCUAAAACUAACACCUAAAGUGAUUACGAACAAAAUCAACAAUUUAAAUCGUUGGCAGACGAACAACAGGGAUUCAGAUCGGGAAGAUCUUGCUGUGCAAGAUCUUCCCGUGUUCGUAUUAAGACAAAUGGUGGAGAAGUCGAUUGAAUACAACAAGCCAGCGUUUAUAUGUUUUGUUGAUCUAACUAGAGCAUUUGACAGUGUCCAACUGAAAGACGUCCUGCAAAAUCUCACACAAUAUCAGUAA